GCCAUCAUCUCAAUCACGGCGUUGCUGCUCGGCUGUCGAGUCUGCUUCGCGUCCGCGGCACGAUUGUCACGGUCACCGUCGUUACCGAGGACCGCCUUCGUUCCACGAAGCAACGGAUCCUUGCCCGCGGCAACCAGAACCGGGUCUGCUGCUGUCAUGGCGAGCACCAAAGACGCGACUGCUGGGCCCGCAAAAAGGGGAGCGUUCAUUCUAUUCGAGGGCGUGGAUAGGUGCGGGAAAACGACGCAGGCGAAUUUGUUGGUGGAGAGUCUCAAGCAGGCUGGUCACGACGCCUGCUUCAUGCGCUUUCCCGAUCGAACAACGCCGAUUGGACACAUGAUCAACGGCUUCCUGCGAAACACUACGGACAUCGACGAUCGCUGUGUGCACCUCCUGUUCUCUGCGAAUCGAUGGGAGGCGGAAUCGAAAAUCCGAGAGCUGCUCAAGGCGGGUACUACCGUCGUGUGCGACCGGUACGCCUACAGCGGAGUCGCCUUUUCAGCUUCCAAACCCGGGCUAUCGGUGAGGUGGUGCAAAGACCCCGAUCGAGGACUCCCGGCGCCGGACAAGAUACUCUUCCUUGACAUCUCCGUAGAGGAUGCCAUGAAGCGAGGACAAUUUGGGGAAGAACGUUACGAGAAGGAGGAGUUUCAAAGAACAGUCCGGGCGACGUUCUUGGCUCUUAUGGAAGAAGACAAGGCUUCUGGGGUGGCGUGGCAGCUGAUUGAUGCCAACCGGGAGAUUGGGUCCAUUCAGGACGAGAUCCAGAAGAUUGGCACCUCGGUUGUCGGGGAAGUGGAGGGAAAGGAGAUAGGCUCGCUGUGGUCCCGCAAGGAGGACUAG